CCCUUCCCUGGUAGGAUUUCUCUUAAUUCUCAGAAGAAAGGAUCAUGAAAAGAAUACACGGGUAUACGGAAACCUUCUGAGAUUCAGUGCAGUUGAAGGGCGAUGAGUGGGAACGAGUUUCGGUUCUUCUUGUCAUGCGACAUUAAUCUUCCUGUCACAUUCAAAAUCGAGAGGUUGGACGGGAAAUUGUCUCCUCCUAAGCCUCCUGAUUCAGCUGAUGGUGAUGGUAUAAUAGAGGAUAGGAAACCGGAGUUGUACGUUGAGUGCUCGUUGUUUAUUGAUGGCGCACCUUUUGGGCUCCCCAUGAGAACAAGGUUGGAAUCCGUAGGUCCAUCAUAUUGUUGGAAUGAACUUAUUACCCUGAGCACCAAGUAUCGUGAUUUGACAGCAAAUUCGCAACUUGCUCUUACUGUUUAUGAUGUUUCAUGUGGGAAAAAUGAGGAAGUGGUUGGUGGUGCGACCAUUCGUCUGUUUAACAUGAAAAAACAGCUCAAGACUGGAAAGCACAAGCUUAGGCUUUGGGCAGGCAAAGAAGCAGAUGGUUCUAUAAACACUACUACUCCUGGAAGGGUCCCUAGAGAGGAGAGAGGAGAAUUAGAGCGUUUAGAAAAGCUUGUGAAUAAGUAUGAGAGAGGACAAAUUCAAAGAGUUGAUUGGUUGGACCGGCUUGCAUUCAAAGCCAUGGAGAAAAUUAAGGAACGUGAAAGCAUUAAAAAUGGGAGUUCCCAUUUGUAUGUUGUUGUUGACUUCUGCAGCUUUGAGCAUCGUGUGGUUUUCCAGGAGUCCGGGGCAAAUUUCUUAAUUCCAUCUCCAAUAGCUUCAACAAAUGAACUGGUUACAGUGUGGGACCCUGAAGUGGGAAAAACUAACCCCUCGGAGCACAAGCAACUAAAGCUGGCGAGAAGUUUAAAUCGUGGCAUCAUUGACAGAGAUCUUAAACCCAGCUCUGUGGAAAGGAAGUCUAUUCAAAGAAUAUUAAGAUAUCCUCCAACAAGGACUUUGACUGGAGAGGAGAAGCAGUUGCUCUGGAAAUUUCGUUUUUCAUUGAUGUCAGAGAAAAGGGCUCUGACAAAAUUCUUGCGCUGUGUGGAAUGGAGUGAUGUUCAGGAAGCAAAGCAGGCAUUAGAACUGAUGGGCAAGUGGGAGACAAUUGAUGUUUGUGAUGCCCUGGAACUUCUAUCCCCAGUUUUUGAGAGUGAAGAGGUCCGUGCCUACGCUGUGAGUGUCCUUGAAAGAGCUGAUGAUGAAGAGCUGCAGUGCUACCUACUUCAGUUGGUUCAAGCUCUUCGCUUUGAACGUUCCGACAAGUCACGCCUUAGCCAUUUCCUUGUACAACGGUCAUUGGGGAAUAUUGACUUGGCUAGCUUUCUCCGAUGGUAUGUGGCUGUGGAACUUCAGGAUCCUGUAUAUGCAAGACGUUUUUAUAGCACCUAUGAGCUCUUGGAAGAAAGUAUGCUAAAGCUGGGCCCAUCUGCGAAUGGUGAUGAAGACGGUUUUAAGCUUUGGCAGAGUUUGGUUCGUCAGACGGAAUUGACUGCCCAGUUGUGUUCUAUAAUGAGAGACGUGAGAAAUGUAAGAGGCGGAACUCAGAAGAAGAUCGAAAAGCUUAGGCAACUUCUCUCCGGGCUUCUUAGUGAGCUUACCUACUUCGACGAGCCGAUACGAUCACCUCUGGCACCAAGGGUCCUUAUAUCAGGGAUCAUUCCAUCAGAAUCAUCAAUCUUUAAAAGUGCGUUGCACCCUUUGCGGCUGGCUUUUCGAACAUCAACUGGGGGAACCUGCAAAAUCAUAUUUAAGAAGGGCGAUGAUCUUAGGCAAGACCAAUUGGUUAUUCAAAUGGUAUCACUCAUGGAUCGAUUGCUCAAGUUGGAGAAUCUUGACCUGCAUUUAACUCCUUACCGUGUAUUAGCAACAGGGCAUGAUGAAGGCAUGAUGGAAUUUAUUCCAUCCAAAUCUUUAGCGCAGAUUUUAUCAGAACAUCGAAGUAUUACAAGCUACCUGCAGAAAUUUCACCCAGAUGAUGAUGGGCCUUUUGGAAUAACUGCGACCUGUCUGGAAACGUUCAUAAAGAGUUGUGCUGGCUAUUCAGUUAUCACAUAUAUACUGGGAAUUGGUGACAGGCACCUUGACAAUCUGCUGCUGCAAGAUGAUGGCCGGCUUUUUCAUGUUGAUUUCGGUUUUAUACUUGGCCGAGAUCCAAAGCCCUUCCCACCACCUAUGAAACUCUGUAAAGAAAUGGUUGAAGCUAUGGGUGGAGCAGAAAGUCAAUACUACACCAGGUUCAAAUCCUAUUGCUGUGAAGCAUACAACAUUCUAAGGAAGUCGAGCAAUCUAAUACUAAAUCUUUUCCACUUGAUGGCGGGUUCCAACAUUCCCGAUAUUGCUUCUGACCCUGAAAAAGGCAUUCUUAAGCUUCAAGAAAAGUUCCGUCUGGACUUAGACGAUGAGGAGUCUAUACAUUUCUUCCAGGAUCUCAUCAAUGAAAGUGUCAGCGCAUUGUUCCCACAAAUGGUGGAAACCAUCCACCGCUGGGCUCAGUAUUGGCGGUAAUCUGAGAUCAAAGGCACGCUUAGCUUCAGUUGACAGACACAUGGAAGUGCUAAUGCAGAGGAAACAUGUGGUAUAGAUAUAUCAAACAUUUGUAUAUAAAUUGCAUCUCAACUCCCAGACUCAAAUUAUUUAAAGUUGUAUAUAAAUCGCUCUUUCUUUUUUUUUAAUGGUUCUAUUUCCAGAAUUGUGAGAUGCUUAUUUUAUUUCCCUGAAUAGAUUAUUUGAAAGUUCUGAUC